AUGGCGAGGAUACCGUCUCUGAAGAGCCUCAAUGCGUUUCCACAUGCGGAGGAGCACUUGUUGAAGAAGACUUACUCUGGCGCUGUCGUGACAAUUCUUGGGCUACUUAUAAUGAUUACACUGUUCGUGCAUGAGCUGCAGUUUUAUCUUACCACCUACAACGUGCAUCAGAUGUCUGUAGAUCUGAAACGAGGAGAAACUCUGCCAAUUCAUAUCAAUAUGUCAUUUCCUUCUUUGCCAUGUGAAGUAUUGAGUGUGGAUGCAAUUGACAUGUCUGGGAAACAUGAAGUUGAUUUGCAUACAAAUAUUUGGAAGCUUCGCUUGGAUAAGUAUGGCCAUAUCAUCGGUACAGAGUACUUGUCUGACCUAGUUGAAAAGGAGUAUGGGGCACAUCAUGAUCAUGACCAUGGGCAAGAGCAUCAUGAUGAACAAAAGAAGCAUGAACAAACCUUCAACGAAGAAGCAGAGAAAAUGAUCAAGAGUGUCAAACAAGCACUGGGAAAUGGUGAAGGGUGUCGAGUCUAUGGGAUGUUGGAUGUGCAGAGGGUGGCUGGUAACUUCCAUAUCUCAGUGCAUGGUUUGAACAUCUUUGUUGCUGAAAAGAUUUUUGAAGGGUCAAGCCAUGUGAACGUCAGUCAUGUUAUCCACGAGCUGUCAUUUGGCCCAAAGUAUCCAGGAAUUCAUAACCCACUGGAUGAGACUUCAAGGAUACUUCAUGACACAAGUGGAAGCUUCAAAUACUAUAUCAAGGUUGUUCCGACUGAGUACAAAUAUCUAUCAAAGAAAGUAUUGCCAACAAAUCAGUUUUCUGUCACAGAGUAUUUUCUUCCCAUUCGCCCAACUGAUAGGGCCUGGCCAGCGGUUUACUUCCUGUAUGAUCUCUCACCAAUUACAGUCACCAUCAAAGAGGAAAGAAGGAACUUCCUUCAUUUUAUAACUCGUCUAUGUGCAGUUCUUGGUGGCACAUUUGCCAUGACAGGAAUGCUUGACCGAUGGAUGUACCGGCUUAUCGAGUCAGUCACCAACUCAAAGACCAGAAGUGUACUGCGGUAA